AUGGGUCGAGCUGCUCGCUUUUGCAAGUUUUGUGGAGCGUACGAAGCUGCAACUAUAGAGAAGAGUAGUGGUCAAAAUGAGAAUGAUUUUCUCAAACUAGCCCACAAAAUCUUCUUCAACAACCAUAAGAAGAAGAUCACCCUUGAACAUGCUUGGAAGGAGCUCCGCAAUGACCAGAAGUGGUGUGAGCUUUUGACGGCCAAAAAGAAAGGAAACUCCAAAAAGAGGAAGUGUGAGGACGGCUUUGAUUCAGCAAGCUUUCAAGCUGAUACUGUUGUAGAUGAUGAAGGAACCAUUCGUCCCCCGGGGGUUAAGGCAGCAAAAGCCCGGGGUAAGAAGACGAUGGUUGAGGGGAAGGAGCUGUCUGACUUUCAGACUAUGUGGAGCAUCAAGAAGGAGGAUUCGGCAAUGAAAGAAAGGCUCUCCAAGAUGAAGCUGCUUGACAGUCUCGUUGCAAAACAAGAACCGCUAGCUGAUUAUGAAGAAGCUCUGAAGAAGAAGCCCAUUAAUGAGUUGAUGUCUUAUUAG